CGUUGGGUCGGAGCACUAGCCUCACCGAGAAGGAUCUGAAAGAGGCCAAGGCUCGCAGCCAGCAGAUCGCAGCCCAGCUGACCACCCCUCCCAGUUCCAACUCCCGAGGUGUCCAGCUCUUCAACAGGCGCCGGCAGAGGGUGAACGAGUUCACCUUGGAGAGCCACGGCCGGAGGGGACAGAAGCCCAGUCAGGAGUCUCUCAGAGUGCCCCCUGCCAGCCCCACAGGCCAUGCCCCAGGGCUCAGCCUGAGUCCUACCUCACUCCCUGAGCCAGGCCCCGCGAGGAACCCCGACGACCAGAGCCCUGACCUAGGGGUCCCUGGUCACAGCAUGGAGGGGUGCUCAGAGGAAGCCAGCUUGCUGCGGCACCUGGAGAAGGUGGCCAGUGAGGAGGAAGAGGUGCCCCUGGUGGUUUACUUAAAGGAGAACGCAGCCUUGCUGACGGCCAAUGGGCUCCACCUGUCCCAGAACCGAGACUCCCAGAAGAGCCCACCAACCCCGCCUCCAGCGGAGGUCCACAGCCCAGCUGCGGAUGUCAACCAGAACCUUGCCUCACCCACUGCCGCUCUCAUCACACCAGCUUCUAACGGCAACCACAACCUGCCAGCCACAGAUGUCAAUCAGAACCCACCAGCCACGGUCGCCCCUCAGAGCCUGCCGUUCUCUAGCAUCCAACAGAAUUCUUCAGAGGCACAACUCCCACCGAAUGGCACAGUGCCAGAUUCCAAACCCAGCCCCCGGGGUGCUGGCGCGCAACCCCAGGAGCUGGCUACGGAGGUGCGAUCCAGCACACUCCUCAUUGACAAGGUAUCAGCUCCAUCUACCACCACCAACACCUUCCCCAGAGAAGCCGCUCCCAUCUCCAGCUCUGGGUCUCCGGCCCCAGACCUCAGAUCCAGCUCCCUGCUCAUCGAUGUCCAGCCCAGUGCCCCAGCAGUGACAGCAGAACACGAGAUGUCUCGGCAGGCAGCUGCCACCACGCCCACCAAGCUGUACAGCGAGGUCCACCUCACACUGGCCAAGCCCCCAUCCGUGGUCAACAGGACCGCCAAACCCUUUGGGAUCCAGGCACCAGGGAGCACCAGCCAGAUGGAGUGGAGCCCCAUGGUAGAGAGAAAACAUCUCGGGGGCAAAGCCUCGGCUCCCCAGCCCCCCAGCAUGGCCGACAGGAGCCCUCGGCCACAGAGACACGGCAUGUCUCACAGCCCCAUGGUGGAGAGGAGGCCCGGGGCACAGCGAAGCCCCGGCUUGGGGAGACGCCCCUUGGGGAACUUCACCCCGCCCCCCACCUAUGCUGAGACCUUAUCCACGGCUCCCCUGGCUUCCCGGGUUAGGUCUCCCCCUUCUUACUCCGCCCUGUACCCCAGCUCUGACCCCAAGCCUUCCCAUCUGAAAAGCCAGGCAGUUCCUGCCAGCAAGACAGGAAUUUUGGAGGAAUCUAUGGCCCGAAGGGGCAGCCGGAAAUCCAUGUUCACCUUCGUGGAGAAGCCCAAGGUGACUCCGAAUCCGGACCUGCUGGAUCUGGUACAGACAGCUGAUGAGAAGCGGAGGCAGAGGGACCAGGGGGAGGCUGGAGGGGAGGAGGAACCCUUCGCACUGGGGGCUGAGGCCUCCAACUUCCAGCAGGAGCCGGCACCCAGGGACAGGGACAGCCCGACCUCAGCCGAGAAUGUUCUCCCCGAGUGGGCCUCGUGCCUCAAGUCCCCGCGCAUCCAGGCCAAGCCGAAGCCCAAACCCAACCAGAACCUGUCUGAGGCCUCUGGGAAAGGGGCUGAGCUCUAUGCCCGCCGCCAGUCCCGCAUGGAGAAAUAUGUCAUCGAGUCUUCGGGCCACACCGACCUGGCCCGCUGCCCUUCGCCCACUAUGUCCCUGCCUUCGUCCUGGAAGUACUCCCCUGGCAGCCUCCGAGUGGCGUCCCGAAGCCCAGCUCGGACCCCACCUGCCUCCCUCUACCACGGCUACCUGCCUGAGAAUGGGAUCCUGCGCCCAGAGCCCACCAAGCAGCCGCAGCCGCCGUACCAGCUGCGGCCCUCACUCUUCGUCCUCUCUCCCAUCAAGGAACCGACCAAGGCCUCGCCAAGGGCCACCUCGCCCGCCAAGCCGAGCUCCCUGGACCUGGCGCCCAGCCUGCCCAAAGCGGCCCUCCCUCGGUCACCUUCCCUGCCUCGGCCCUCGCGUUCCUCGCCAGGCCUCUACCCCGCCCCUGGCCAGGACGGCCUCCAGCCCGCUGUGAGCCCCACCUAUGGCAGCGAUGUCUCCCCCGUGUCUCCCUCCAGGGCCUGGUCUCCCCGAGCCAAGCAGGCCCCCCGGCCCUCCUUCUCUACCCGGAAUGCUGGGAUCGAGGCUCAGGACCGCCGCGAGGGCCUGCACGCCUCCCCGCCCUGGACGCCGGGCGCGUCGCGGCCCCCCAGCAGCCUGGACGGCUGGGUGAGUCCGCGGCCGUGGGAGCCCAGCCGCGGGAGCAGCAUGAGCAGCCCCCCGCCGCUGCCGCCGCCGCCACCCAUGUCCCCUUCGUGGAGCGAGCGCUCGGUAUCCCCGCUGCGACCCGAGACCGAGGUGCGGCCCCCCAGCCGCCAGCUGCAGGCCCUCCUGGCGCGAAACAUCAUCAACGCGGCCCGGCGCAAGAGCGCCUCCCCGCGGCCGGCGGGCGCCGAGAGCCUGCCGCCCUUCUCCCCGCCGCGGGCGCCGCCGCCGCCGCCGCCGCCGCGCAUGCGCUCGCCGCAGCCUGCCCGCCCCGGCCCGGCGGCCGCCUCCGGGGCCACGUUCGCCCCGAUCGCGCGGAGCCCGCAGCUGGCCGGGCCCUCGCCCUGCGCCAGCCCUCGCAGCCCGCUGCCCGCACCGUCCAGGCCCUUUCCCUAUCGCCGCUCGCCCACGGACUCCGACGUGUCCCUCGACUCCGAGGACUCCGGGGCGAAGUCGCCCGGCAUCCUCGGCUACAACAUCUGUCCCCGCGGGUGGAACGGGAGCCUGAGGCUCAAGCGUGGCAGCCUCCCCGCCGAGGCCUCCUGCACCACCUAAAGCUUCCCCCGCCCAAGCCAUCCCCGUCCCGGGAGGGCCGAGCUGGGAGAAGAGCCGUCAGGCUGGGGAGAUCUCAGCACAACUCCCCAAAGGGUCUGGCCUAUUUGGACAGCCCCAGAGAUGAGGGCUCAGGGGGGACAGCUCUGGGCUUGGGGGUGGGGUAGUGAUCCAAGCUUGGGUUCUAGCCCUAACUCCAUCAUUCAGUCAUUGUGUGAACCUUGGUAAGACCCUUCCCCUGUCUGACCCCCAGCUUUUUCAUCUGUUUAAUGGGGCUUUGGCCAAAGCAAUCUCUGAACGUCUAAAUGCUCCCUCCCAUCAACACACACACACACACACACACACACACACACACGUGCCUUGGAAGAAGCAGGUGUUGUGUAUAUGGACCCCUGGACUUGCUGCAUUCCAGGGUUCCAUACUCCUUCCUCCCUCUCUCUGCUCUCUGAAGUCUGGCAAAUGAGGGGUGUGUGUUCAGAAGAUCCGAGGCCUAAGUUCCCUGUCCAGGUCCUGACUUGACCAUCUGCCCUCCUGGCUCCAAGUCCCAGCCAGCAGCAGCUGUUUUCCAUCCCUGCCCAGACAAGCUCUAUUUUUACCAUGAUGACCUUUAAAGAGGUCUCCCAGGCCAGCUCAAGGUGCCCCACUCCUCUGGAGAGAAGAGGCAGGAAGAUUCCUCCUCCCAGAUCCCCCUUAAGCUUUUCUCCACCCCAGCUCAGACUACCCAGGGCACCUAUCUGCAGCCAGAGAAGAGCGCUGGAAGGCAAUGAUUUCCUCCAGGCCCAGGACUUGGAUCUCCAGAAAUGCUAUAGGCGUCUCCAACCCACCUAUCCCUUCUGGGCCCUUUCAUGGCAGCCCUUUCAAAGCUGAUCCCUUUCCGGGUUGAUCUGGAGCUCGCUGCUUGCCUGUGGCCCUGAGUUUGAGGUCGCCCAAAUGGAAAGAGGGAGGCAAAGAGUUUCUUGUUAUGGGAUGUAAGCAAGCAGUGGCCAGGAGGCAUAGAGGAGAUUCUAGUAGAAAAUGGAUCGUUUCAGAUGACCUCUGAGGGCUCUUCCAGUCCUGAAAUACAGUCCACGGUAUUCGGAAGAGAGGGAGAGAAGUGGUGGAGGGUUAGCUGGGCAGAAUUCAGGGGCAGGUGAGCUUGGAUGGGUGAGUGAGGAACUAGACCAGGGUCAACCUGUGUUUCUGGUUCCUUAGGAAGCGCCCACUCUUCAGCUCCAGGUCCCAAUGUCCACAUUCUGCCCAGAUGAAUGGGCCCUGUUCUGUUCCCCAUUGCCCUCUGGCCUAGCUAGUACCUGGUGCCCAGUGACCUUGGGGAUCCUGACAGUGGGCUCUAGCCUAUCCCUUAAAUCUUAGUGGCUUUGAUUCCAUUCCCCAGAAGGGACACAGGGAGGAAUGUGGCUAAGUUGGAUAGUUUCCAAAACUGGCUGGUGGUGCCAUCUAGAGGUUCAGAAUAUCUACUUUAGGAUAUUAAGUGUGCAGGUGCAGGUAUUGGCUGAGGAUCAAAGGUGUGUAGGUAAAAGGAUACCAGGAUGUUGCCAAAGAUGAAGGACAGAGUGUGUCCAAACUUUGUAGACCUGAAACCCUUAAGUAAGGCUAGGAGAAGCUGGGGGUCAGGAUAUGAGUGGGGUGCUUUGGAAUAAAGAAGUGAUUCCAGAGGGUUACUAGGGUCUAAGGACUGGGAACACAGGCUCUGUUGGUGGGAAGAUGAGAGGAUGCUCUGGUUUGGUCAAUGAUGAUUGACCACAUUUACCAAAGUGCUCACCUGCUUCAGGGUGCUUGUAGCAUGGAAGCAGAGCUAAGGCCUGAUUCAGAGAAGAGACAUUAUUAGGCCAUUGGCUAGGGCAGUGGCAUAGAAUAUCUACUUCUACCUGCAUUUCCACAAAAAGCCAGCAGGAGGCAGCCUUGGAAAGCUGCAGUGUUGCCUGGCUGUUCCCUCACCUCACUGCCUUCUUCCCCCCAGUCCUCUCCUCUAACCCUCUAGAGAUUGCCUGUGUCUUAUGUCUUGCCUCCUAUAGAAUUCAGCUC